AUGGCUUCGUAUCUGUCUCUUGCAGAGAUACCCACAGUGGGACGCCUGUAUCAAACGAAGAAACUUACUCCCGGAGUCUCACAGCUUGCGCCAUCAAAGACCCUCAACAGCACCAUUUCCAUCAUUCGCAAUGAUAUCACCAAGCUCCGAGUUGACUGCAUCGUGAAUGCUGCAAACAAGUCUCUCCUCGGCGGCGGGGGCGUGGAUGGGGCAAUUCAUCGCGCUGCAGGACCGAAAUUGGUCGAAGAAUGCCGUGGACUUGGCAGAUGCGACACCGGCGAUGCCAGAAUCACUCGGGGAUACGAUCUGCCUUGCAUUAAGGUCAUACACACCGUUGGGCCGAUCUAUGACAUCGAGAUGAGCGACGAAGAUCCCCUUCGCCCAGAGCGGCUACUUCGCUCCUGCUAUCGACGCAGCUUGAAGCUGGCUGUCGAGAACGAUAUGAAGAGCAUCGCAUUUGCCGCCAUCAGUACUGGUGUCUACGGCUUUCCGAGUGAUGAGGCCGCGGAAGCUGUUCUAGAUGAGACGCGAAAAUUUCUCGAGAAGCCCGCCAACAUCGGAAAGCUGGAACGUGUGAUUUUCUGCAACUUCGAGCGGAAGGAUGUGGUAUCAUACAGAGAUUCCAUCCCUAAAUACUUUCCUCCCACAGCAGAAGAUUCGGCGGAGCUAGAGAACAGCGACGUUUGA